GCAUGGGAUUCAACUCCUCCUUACCCACCUAAUCCUAUCACCUAAGUCACAACAGUUAGACUAAUUUUAGCCCAAAUAAAUACUCUUACAUUUUACAUAUCCCUUCUUCCCAAUAUCUCUACAGCAUACCAAAACCAUCCAUGGGUACUGAAGUGGUUAUGGUUCAUGAUGUCCCUUUUCCUCCACAGAUCACAACCCUCAAGCCUUUGUCUCUGCUCGGUCAUGGAAUCACAGACAUUGAAAUACACUUUCUCCAGAUUAAGUUCACUGCCAUUGGAGUUUACCUGGACCCUCAAAUCGUGGGGCAUUUGCAACAGUGGAAGGGAAAACCUGGAAAUCAACUAGCUGAAGAUGAUGACUUCUUUGAUGCUCUUAUUGCUGCUCCUGUGGAGAAGUUGCUGAGAGUUGUGGUGAUCAAGGAAAUUAAAGGAUCACAAUAUGGGGUGCAACUAGAGAGUGCUGUCAGGGACAGGUUGGCAGAAGUUGAUAAAUAUGAAGAAGAGGAAGAAGAAGCCUUGGAGAAAGUUACUGAAUUCUUUCAGUCUAAGUUCUUCAAGAAGGACUCCAUUAUCACUUUUCAUUUUCCAGCAACUUCAUCACCUACUGCUGAGAUUGUAUUUAGCACAGAAGGAAAAGAAGACACCAAGUUGAAGGUGGAAAAUGGUAAUGUGGUUCAGAUGGUCAAGAAAUGGUACCUGGGUGGAAAUAGGGGUGUCUCUGCUACAACUAUAUCUUCCCUGGCCUAUACUCUUUCUGCUGAAUUAUCUAAAUGAAAAUGGUUUCCAUCUGUCGUGUGCUCAGUUUGCCACUUCUACUUUACCAAUAAUAUAAUUAGACUGAGCCUCCAACUUGUCCUUGUUAUGUUUCUUCCUCAAUAAAAUUUGCGAUACAUAAGCUUGUUUAA